AUGGCAUUUGAUAUCAAUGAAUGUCCUCACGCUUGUGGAGUGAAUGCGGAAUGUACUAAUACUCCAGGAAGCUACACAUGCCGAUGUCGAGCUGGACAUAACGGAGAUCCAUACUUAUCAGCUGGCUGUCACGACGAAGACGAAUGUCUCAGACCAGGUGCCUGUGGAAGAAAUGCUCAAUGCUUCAACAACAUCGGUUCUUAUACUUGCAGCUGUUUGGAAGGAUAUACUGGAAACCCACUACAGUCUUGCUUAGAUAUUGAUGAAUGCCAGCAGAACCCAUGCUCAGACAAUGCUGCAUGCCGGAACUUACCUGGCACUUUUGAAUGUAACUGUUUUGAAGGAUACGAUGGAAAUGCCAGAGAAAAAUGUACCAGAGUUAAAGUUGACAUCCAUUGCCAAGGUGACUAUGACUGUACAGAAAAUGCGGAAUGCAAAAGAGCCAGAUGUCAAUGCAGAUCUGGUUUUCAAGUGGUUGGGUCCGAAUGCGUUGAUAUCGAUGAGUGCAGAACACCAAACAUUUGUGGCCGUAAUGCAGUAUGUAAGAAUAUUGUUGGAAGUUACAGAUGUGAAUGUAGAAAUGGCUAUGAAAAAACAUCACCAGCUUCAGAGAGCCACUGCAGGGAUAUUAAUGAAUGUUUGUUUGGACGAUUUCCAUGUGGACAAAAUGCAAAAUGUAUCAACAAUGAUGGAAGUUAUGAAUGUUUGUGUCCAGAUAAUCUGAGAGGAGAUCCAAAAGUUGCUUGCAAAUCACCUUGUGCCGAUAUUGAUUGUGGAACACAUGCAACAUGCCAAGCAAAUGAAAAAGAAGCCACUUGUGUUUGCAACCUGGGAUACAGUUUUGAUCCAACGAAUGUCGGAGCUGGUUGUCAAGACAUCAAUGAGUGUGACAACGCCCAUGGACCAUCAGGUCUUUGCGGACAAGGUGCCAUGUGUAAUAACGUGCCAGGAAGUUAUCAUUGCUACUGCCCGCCAGGAUUUACCGGUGAUCCGUUCAGAUAUUGUGAAGACAUUAAUGAGUGUGAUCGCCGAUUCGGACCCAGCGGUCAAUGUGGAGAAGGAGCUACAUGCACAAACACGAUGGGAAGUUUCGCUUGCGCGUGUCCACCAGGGUUCACAGGAAACGGUAGAAUUAAAUGUCAAGAUAUAAAUGAAUGCUCACAAGCAUUUGGACCUAAUGGAAAGUGUGGCAUUUCUGCCAUUUGCACCAACCGACCGGGAUCUUUUGAUUGUCGCUGUCCACCCGGAACGAGUGGAGAUCCUUUUGUUAGGUGUACUGCGGUUGUCCAAUGUCGAGACGAUGCUUCCUGCCGUGGGCACUCAGUUUGCAGCAGAAGUCAAUGUGAAUGUCCUGAGCCAUACUUCGGAGAAGAAUGCAAACAUCCUUGCGAUGAUGUUUUCUGCGGUGAUCAUGCAACGUGCCAACUCGAUCUCCAUAAAGAACCUGUUUGUGUCUGCUCACCAGGUUUUACAGGACGUAGCAACAGCUUGCCUGGAUGCAUUGACAUUGAUGAAUGCAGUAGUGGUGCACGAGUAUGUGGACCAGAUGCGGCCUGCCGCAACAGCCCUGGAUCUUAUGAAUGCAUCUGCCCACAUGGAUAUUCAGGAGAUCCAUAUAGAGGAUGCAUCAAGAGUGAACCUUCCACACUUACCUGCUCUGAGAAAAAGCCUUGCCCAGCAAAAGAAGAAUGUGUCUCAACGGGGACUACACCUCAGUGUAUUUGCAAGCGAGGUUACACUAGAGAUCCAAGCUCAGACAGAUGCAGAGACAUAAACGAAUGCACGGAAAAACGCGACAAGCCAGCUUGUGGCAGACAAGCAUUCUGCUUAAACAUGGAAGGUAGUUACAUCUGCCGAUGCCCACCAGGACAUAUGGGAAAUCCUUACAGCGCCUGUUACCCAGAAAUGAUGGAAUGUCGAACACACGAGCAAUGUCCUGGAAACACAUUUUGCUUGGACGACGGUGCUCAAGGUCAACACUGUGGAUGUAAACCACCAUUUGUACAAGACGGAGAGUACUGCAUAUUGGUGAGUCGCAACUGCUCCACAACCAACCCAUGCCCGGAAAAUCAGGAAUGUGUAUUUACAGGAAAUGGAUACGGCUUCUGCAUCUGCCCCCGUGGAUACACACUGGACGCUACUGGAUUUUGUAGAGAUAUUAACGAGUGUACUGAAAUCAAAGACUGGUCUUUGUGUGGAGCCAAUGCAGAGUGCAUUAAUCUACCAGGCGCCUAUCAGUGCCUCUGCCUUUCAGGAUACACUGGAAAUCCAAGACAGGGUUGCAGUAGAAUCGAUCCUUGUGAGUAUUAUUCUUGUGGACAGAAUGCAAAAUGCGAAUUAACAGGGAAAGGGCCCAAAUGUGUUUGUAUUCCUGGAUGCUCUGGGGAUCCGAACAGAGAAUGCAAAGACAUCGACGAGUGUUCAUCCGAAUUAGGAAUAGAUCCGAAUGGACCAUGCUCGGUGGGAGCCACCUGCAUCAACAGGUUGGGCGGAUAUGAGUGUGUAUGCCCACCGGGAACCUCUGGAGAUGCCUACAAAGGGGGAUGUCGUGGUGCAACAGGAUGCUCAUCAAACAGACAGUGCCCUCGCAAUGCUGUGUGCGAUUCUCGUGGAGGAGCUUGUGUUGAUCCAUGCUCUACUGCAUUGUGUGGACAGAAUGCUGACUGUUAUGGAGACGAUCAUAGAGCCGUUUGCAAGUGCAGACCAGGGUAUUCUGGAAAUCCUAAUGAUUUAGAACGGGGAUGUGUAUCACCGUGUUCAGGAGUGUAUUGCGGAAUGAAUGCUCAAUGUAUUGUCAAUUCAGAUAACCGUCCCGUGUGUCACUGCUUGCGUGGAUUCUCAGGAAAUCCUUGGCCAGGUGCCUCGUGCCAUCCAAAUCAGCGUGGAUGUAGCUUGCAACGUCCAUGUCCAUCACCUAAUCAAGUUUGUAGUGGUGGAGCUUGUGUCGAUCGUUGUCAAGGUGUCGAUUGUGGAACAGGAUCACGCUGCGACAUAAACUCAGGAAAUUGCGUCUGUCUUCCAUUUUUCAUCGGGAAUCCAAUGUCCAUGUGUGUACCACCCCUCUUGCCACCAAUUUGUGUGCCAGCAUGUGGUGUGCAAGCUCAUUGUGUUUAUGGCGUGCCAAAUGAAUGCCGGUGCAAUCCUGGCUUUUCUGGAAAUCCAUAUUCAGUGUGCAGCACGAGUCGAAGUUGCACAGAGGUGCGUUGCGGAAGCAAUGCCAAUUGCAUAGAAAGACCAAACAGAGUGGAAUGCAUUUGUCCUGCUGGAAUGCAAGGAAAUGCAAACAUUGGAUGUCGGGAUGUCAAUGAAUGUUUGGGAAGCAAUCCAUGUGGUGGAGGUGCAUCCUGCAUCAAUAGUGUUGGAAGCUUCUUGUGCGCAUGCCCGUCUGGAACAACUGGAAAUCCACUAUUUUCAUGUACCCCAGCAUCAACACCCUGUGAGCCUGGACAAGGAUGCGCUUGUUCUUCAGAUUCUGGUUGCUCAGAUGGAGAAAUUUGUGGAUCAAGUGGCUCUUGUCAAGAUUGUCGUGAAAAUUAUAUUCAGUUAUUCAGUUGA